AUGUCUAUCUCGGACUUACGUAGUUGGCCGAUCGUCAGUGCAUUGAACCCGGAGUUCAUUCCGGAAAUUUACAUGGUUUUGGUAUUCGGAAAAUUGGGUCAUGAAGCCUUAAUCGUAACGAAAGACAAAAUGAUGUAUGCCCUGGGUAAUAACAAAAACGGUUGUUUGGGAACCGGUAACACACGUUGUUAUAAAACUGUAAAAAAGAUCGAUAUCCUAUGCAUGAAAGAUAUAAAGACCUUUGCAUAUGGCUUUGGACCCCACGUUCUAGCUCUUAUGAAAGAUGGAAAGAUAUAUUCCUGGGGUUGUAAUAAUUACGGCCAAGUAGGGAAUGGAUCAUAUGAUCAAGUUGUCACACCUACUUUAAUAAACAUACCUAAUCUAAAUAAUUUGGAUGGGAAGCGUGUCGUAGAUAUUGCAUGCGGAAGUUAUCAUUCCAUUGCUUUGACCGAGUCUGGUGAGGUAUAUGCUUGGGGAAUAAAUGAUUAUAGAAUAAUAAAGAAGGAUAGUCUUGUUGAUAUCAACAUGAAUCAGACUACAACGAAUACACCUAAGCUAGUUAACAUCACCUUUAAUGGAGAGAAGAUUGUCAACAUUUCCUGUGGUAUGACCUUCACCUUGGCAGUCACUGAAAAAGGUGAGGUAUAUAGUUGGGGUGAAAAUGAUGUUGGUCAGCUGGGAAUAGGGCAUUACGAAGAUACAACGAUACCAACGCUAAUCAGUUCACUGAGAGGCACUGUGAUAGUCAAAGUGGCUUGUGGAAACCAGCACACAUUGGCGCUCACGGACAAAGGGAACCUAUACGUUUGGGGUGGGAAUCAUUAUGGCCAGUUAGGGAUCGGCAACCAGAGAGACUCUUAUGAACCAGUUUUAGUCAAGCAUCGAAUGGGAAGGGUGUCCGACAUUACUGCUGUACACAGUAGAUCCAUAAGUAUCGCAGUUGACGAAGGAGGACGUAUCUAUGUGUGGGGUUAUUGGCACGGUAUGAGCGUUUUGAUUCCAUCCGCUACUCCGUCUUCGAAUAUACACAACGCGAUUGCAUCUUACGGGUCCCCAAGCAUUAUGCACAAACCACUGAUUCUACGUGAAGAUGAAGAGCCGAGUAUAUUGAAACAUUUGGAAACUGCAUUCGAUGAUUCCUCCACGAGCGAUUUUAAGAUACAAGUGUACGAUCGAUGUAUUCAUGUACACAAGGCUAUCUUGAGGAUUCGUUCUUCAUAUUUUAGAGCCAUGUUUCAGCACGAAUGGUUGGAAAAUAAUCAGAAUGUCCUCAAGCAUAAUCAAUUUUCUGAUGUCGUCUACGAAGCCUUUCUGAAGUACUUGUAUACCGACGUGGUCAAUUUACCUUGGGAACAGGCGUUAGAACUUUUAAUCCUGGCUGAUGUUUACUGCGAGAGCAGUCUUAAAAAGCACUGUAUUCAAAUAAUAAAGCGAAAAAUUACUGUUUCGAAUGUCGCCUACUUAUAUAGCAUUGCAAUCGAACGCAGCGAUAAGGAGCUAGAGAAAUUCUGCUUUAAUUUUGCCAUAAAUCACUUAACAGCUGUGGUGCAAACAGAAAGUUUUGCCAAACUGGAUGAGAAUACGUUAAGAACUUUCAUAAUUAAGGCAGUCAAAGCUGGUGCCUUAGGAUGUAAUUAG